AUGACACACAUAGCCAACUGCAUGCGCUCCGAUCCCGACCAAAUGUCGUUUUAUAUAACCUUGGACGAAUCCUGCUGCUCCAUGGCUUCCCAAGACACCGCCGCCCCCACUGCUCCCUCGCAGCCCCCCGCCUCGUCAAAGUACCAACUCUGGCCCGCGGCAAAGAGCCCCCCAACCUGCUCAAAGUCAAGCUACGCCUCGGACAAGCUGGCAGCCCUUUCUGCAGGUCGUUCGCCCACUUCUCUGAGCGACACGGCCCUACCACCAGAGAGCUCCCUUCCCUUUUGGCAACGAACUGGCUCCUUGUCAAGGAGGCGUAAAGUCAGUGUACCUGAGCUGGGAAAUACCAUGACUACCGUCCAAGAAAUGCCCAUUGAUUCUCCCACCAUUCCAGGGAGGCCGCCUCUCCGCAGACCUUCGUAUGAAGCUUUUGGCCACGAGCGUUCUUGCAGUGCUCCCGGUACAAACUGGCGGUCGGGUCCAUUCGGCGAUGCCAUGAUGGCUUGCGUGACGGGUCCUUCUCCCGUGCAAACCCAAUAUUGCAGCUUCCCCCCUUGUUCAGAACCACCCAGUGUUUGUGGCAAGCCGCUGUCUCCUAUCCUCAGCCCUGGUGCCACACCUAGGCCUUUGCUCAGGCUCGAGACGGGCGGCAUCCGAGAAGAGCCAGAAAUUCCGCCGCGAGUGCCCCCAAAGUCGCCGCUUGCUGAGCGCAAAUGUUCGCCCGCCCCGCUGGUUUUGACCUCGAAAGUGAGCAAACCACAGCUUGCAACGCCUGCGUCGAUAAGCUCUGGUGGUGCCACUCCACUGAGCGCCAUGGACCACCACCGACGAUCGCCAAACAGCAGCAUUCCUCUUCCCACGCCACCCUCUGCUUUCAUCAACCCCUUUCACGCAACCUCGCCAGCAUCCAGCAGGAGCUCACCGCGAGCCGAGAGGAGGGACCCCAUGUCCGUUCAACCCUCUCCUCACAACCGCAACAUGUCGGAACCUUCCAUCAUGGACCGGGGCCGCCCAAAACGCCGCAACAGUAAGGAUCGAGGCCGAGCCAUGUCCGAAACCUGCGGUCCUAAGGCUAUCCCGGAUUCCUGGAAGCUUCCCCAGGGCAUGCGCGUAUCCGAAGCUUCGAGACGCAUCAGUGACGCCGAUAAGAAGCUGCUCCACAAGCAGGCCUACGAUCAAGCUGGAAACUUUGAGGUGCUCAACAAGCGUGACGUCGCAUCAUUGUCAAGGGAACUUCGAGCCCUUGAUGAGCGCUGCGAUUACCUUCGCAAAACCUACAAAUCCCUGCGCGCAGGUCGCCAAAAGCUUCAUGGCCGUAUGAUUGCCUAUCUGCGCCGUGGAGAGACGGUCAUCUUCUCGCGCGAAUCUCUUCUCAAACAAGAAGAGGCCCUGGCCGAGCUGGACAUUUCUAUAGAUGAGUUCAUUCAAAAAUUGGAGCAAGCCGAAAACCGCCGUCUUCGCCUUCGCCAAAAGCUACUCGAGCACGUUGCUGCUGCCAUUGUGCUGGAUCCUAGUUCGCAUGACCAAGCUGCCGAAGCCACACCACCGCGGAGUCCUGUCAAGGUUGACAGCCUGGCCCCCGCCGAGCGAAAGGAGACGGAAUCCAUCAAAAUCUACGCAGAUGGCCACGUCCUCAACUUGUUCUCCGACAUUGAAAAGGCUAUUGGCAAGAUGUGCGAGCAAACGUGCUAAGAUUCGCAAACCACACUUUCUUUCUAUUCUCGCCCAAAGAUACCCUCGGCAUUGCCUUUUUACGUUGUUGUCGAUUUUCUUUUCCUUCUCUUCAUUCAUUUUUUUUCUUCUUCAUUUCAUUCUCUUGGUUUUCCAAAUUCUGCAGCCUACAUCACACGAUUUCCUUUGUUUGUACCAUAACGGCCUUUUCAUACCCCC